UUAGGCAAGUUUUAGAGAGAGAGAGAGAGAUAGAGAGAGAGAAAUAUAGAAAAAAAAGAUAUAGAGCGAGAAACAAGGCGCGGAGAGGCCGUCCAAAAUCAGUCAAGACACAGAAGAGAGAGAAAAGAGAAAAGAGAGAGAAACAGAAAUACAUAUAGAGAGAGAGAGAUAGAGAGAGAGCUGCUUGUUCUCUCUCCUCCUUGCGCGUCUCCUCCUUUAUUAGGGCAUCAAAACAACUCCACACUCCCUCAAGCAAUCCAAUUAGGUAAUAGAAAUCAGUUUAGGAAAACAAAUACACAGCAGCAAAAUCUUGCAGAUCAGCACAAAAAAAGAAGAAAAAUCCAGCAGAUUUUUUCCAAAUAAAAAUAUAUCCAGAUCUUGCUGCUGCCAAAAUUUAUCCACCGUCGAUUCACUCCGAUCGACCAGUUCGUUAUCCAGAUUCGUCCGUCACAAACUGUUUACGUAAAUUACCUUUUCAGCUUCCAUUCGUUUUCGCAUUCUAAAAAAAAAGUCUCUUCUUAGGGUUUGUGGGGGGUAUUGAGCGUGUGGAUCCUUCUGGAUUGUUAUCCGGAAGGAUUUGGAUCUGGAUGAGAUUAUCUCUGGAGGUGUUUGAAAAUCGCAUAGGAAAACGAUGAAAUGGGUAUCAUUGCUUAAGGACUUCAAAGAAAGGGUCGGUCUGUCCCAGCCUCCGUCCGUUGAAUCCUCUCUGUCUUCGGCUUCCUCCUCGUCCGCUCGAGAUAGCAAUGCCACCACUUCGACUGUGCAGGAGGUCGCGGCGUCAUCGCCUUCUAGCAGAGACAAACUUGACUUGGAAUUGGACUUCAAGAGACAUUGGGAAGAGUUCCGUUCAUCAAGUUCUGAAAAGGAGAAAGAAACGGCCUUGAAUAUGACUGUAGAUGUCUUCUGUAGAUUAGUAAAGCAGCAUGCUAAUGUAGCUCAGUUAAUUACCAUGUUAGUUGAAACACAUAUAUUCUCCUUUGUGGUGGGGAGGGCAUUUGUAACGGAUGUUGAGAAGUUAAAAAUUAGUAGCAAAUCAAGAUCUUUGGAUGUUGGGAUAUUGUUAAGAUUUUUCUCAGAAGUCACAAAGGAUGGUAUCAAGCCUGGCACAAAUUUGUUAACUGCUGUGGAAGUCCUUGUAUCUGGGCCUAUUGAUAAACAAUCUCUCCUUGACUCUGGGAUCUUAUGCUGUCUCAUCCAUAUUCUCAGUGCUCUUUUGGGGCCUGAUGAGGGGAAUCAGAAGCAAAAGGCUUCUACUCAGGACAUUCUGCUACUGGCUGAGAAAAAUUAUGGUGGCGAUGUAGUUCAAGUCCGCCGGCUAGAGGUAGAAGGAAGUGUUGUGCAUAUUAUGAAAGCCCUUGCUAACCAUCCGUCAGCCGCACAGAGUUUGAUCGAGGAUAAUUCACUUGAGUUACUAUUUCAGAUGGUUGCAAAUGGAUCUUUGCUUGUUUUCUCUCAAUAUAAGGAAGGCCUCAUCCCAUUGCACACCAUUCAGCUUCACAGACACGCAAUGCAGAUACUUGGUCUUCUUUUGGUUAAUGACAAUGGCAGCACAGCCAAGUAUAUCCGGAAGCAUCACCUGAUAAAAGUACUCCUCAUGGCUGUCAAGGAUUUCAAUCCUUAUAGUGGCGACCCUGCCUAUACUAUGGGCAUUGUGGACUUGCUCCUUGAGUGUGUGGAAUUGUCACACAGACCUGAAGCUGGUGGUGUCAGGCUCAGGGAGGAUAUCCAUAAUGCUCAUGGCUACCAAUUUCUUGUGCAGUUUGCAUUAGUUCUUUCAAAAAAUCCAGUUGUUCAGGCUCCAAACUCUGAGUCUCUCUCUGAUCAGACAUCCACUUCAGAAAGUUUACAUGCUAGUAAUGUAGAAAGACAAGAUUCAAGAAAAAAUCUAGGUGCCACCUCCGAGCAAAGUCUCUCGCCAGCACUUUCUAGGCUUCUUGAUGUUCUCGUUAAUUUAUCUCAAGUGGGUCCUGCUGAUUACACAGUAUCUGCUGGGUCCAGAGCUUCUCGAAAUUCUCAUAACAAGCCUAGUGGCCACAGCAGAAGCCGUACACCUUCUUCUGACCGGGUUUCUGAUGAAGUUUGGGAAAAAGGUAAUGACAAAGUGAAGGACCUAGAGGCUGUCCAGAUGUUGCAGGACAUAUUUCUCAAAGCUGAAAGCAGAGAACUGCAGGCAGAAGUCCUUAAUCGAAUGUUUAAGAUAUUCUCAAGUCAUCUCGAAAACUACAAGUUGUGUCAGCAGUUACGGACAGUGCCACUCUUGAUACUAAAUAUGGGUGGUUUCCCACCAUCUUUGCAAGAGAUAAUACUGAAAAUUCUCGAGUAUGCGGUAACUGUUGUGAAUUGCGUACCUGACCAAGAAUUGCUUUCACUUUGCUGCUUAUUGCAGCAACCAAUAACGUCAGAACUGAAGCACACCAUUCUUUCUUUCUUUGUAAAACUCCUGUCCUUUGAUCAACAGUACAAGAAAGUCCUGCGUGAAGUUGGCGUGCUCGAGGUUCUGUUGGAUGAUCUGAAGCAAAACAAGUUUCUUUUGGGUCCAGAUCAACCCCAUAGUGACUCAAAUCAUUUGGAGGGAAAAUCCAGCUCAAGCAGCUUCAAAAAGCACUUGGAUAGUAAGGACGCCAUUAUCUCUUCUCCCAAGCUAUUGGAAUCUGGUUCUGGGAAGUUUCCACUUUUUGAAGUUGAGGGUACAAUUGCAGUUGCAUGGGAUUGUAUGGUUUCCUUGUUAAAGAAAGCAGAUGCUAAUCAAGCUGCCUUCCGUUCAGCAAAUGGAGUGACCAUCGUUCUUCCUUUUUUGGCAUCUAAUACUCACCGUGCAGGGGUCCUCCGGGUGUUGUCAUGUUUGAUCAUUGAAGAUGCUACACAGGCUCAUCCAGAAGAAUUAGGCGCCCUUGUUGAAGUCCUCAAGAGUGAGAUGGUUACAAAUGUUUCGGGAUCUCAAUAUAGACUCCUAAGUGAAGCGAAAUGCGACACUUUUGGAGCAAUGUGGCGCAUUCUGGGAGUUAAUAAUUCAGCUCAAAGGGUUUUUGGUGAGGCCACUGGAUUUUCUCUUGUACUAACCACACUCCAUAGUUUUCAGAGCGAUGGAGAGCAAAUGAACCAAUCUUCCUCAAUGGUUUACAUUAAGGUCUUAACAUACCUUCUGCGUAUGGUGACUGCUGGGGUGUGCAAUAAUUCUGUUAAUAGGAUGAGGUUGCACAUGAUCAUAUCAUCCCAAACUUUCUAUGAUCUUCUAUCUGAUUCAGGCUUGAUUUGUGUUGAGUAUGAAAGGCAAGUCAUACAGUUAAUGUUAGAACUUGCUCUUGAGCUUGUUAUUCCACCAUUCAUGACAUCAGAAACUGUGUCAUCAUCUGAUAUUGACACUGGAUCGGCUGGCUUUAUCCUAACAACUCCGGAAGGUUCCUUCAUUCCUGAUAAAGAGAGGGUGUAUAAUGCUGGUGCCGUUAGAGUGCUCAUACGUUCGUUAUUGCUCUUUACACCCAAGGUGCAGUUAGAAGUGCUGAACCUAAUCGCGAAGCUUGCUCAUGCUGGGUCCUUCAAUCAGGAAAAUCUCACUUCUGUAGGUUGCGUGGAACUUCUACUGGAGACAAUAUGCCCAUUCCUUUCGGGUUCGUCACUAUUGGUUGCCCAUGCUUUGAAGAUUGUGGAAGUCCUUGGGGCAUAUAGGUUGUCAGCAUCCGAAGUCCGAUUGCUUAUUCGAUAUGUUUUGCAAAUGAGACUGAUGAGUUCAGGUUGUAGUCUUGUUGAUAUGAUGGAGAAGUUAAUUCUUAUGGAAGAUAUAAAUUCAGAAAAUGUUUCUCUGGCACCAUUUGUAGAGAUGAACAUGAGUAAGAUAGGGCAUGCUUCUAUUCAAGUGUCAUUAGGAGAAAGGUCAUGGCCUCCUGUUGCUGGUUACUCUUUUGUUUGUUGGUUUCAAUUCCGAAAUUUCCUGAAAACACAAACAAAGGAAUCAGAAGCUUCAAAGGUCGGACCUUCAAAAAAGCGGAGCUCAGCUGGUGGCCUGCACAGUGGGGGACGGGUUCUCCGGAUCUUUUCAGUUGGUGCUACAGAGGGAAACUCCUUAUAUGCUGAACUGUAUCUGCAAGAAGAUGGUGUCCUUACCAUUGCAACAAGCAACUCUUGCUCCUUGUCAUUUUCAGGGAUAGAACUGGAGGAAGGGAGGUGGCAUCACCUUGCUGUUGUACAUAGUAAGCCAAAUGCUCUGGCUGGACUAUUCCAAGCUAGUGUUGCACAUGUGUACCUUGAUGGAAAGCUAAGACAUACUGGGAAACUAGGAUAUUCUCCUUCUCCAUUUGGGAAACCUCUGCAGGUAACCAUUGGAACACCAGCUACUUGUGCAAGGGUUAGUGACUUCUCGUGGAAACUCCGAUGUUGCUAUCUUUUUGAAGAGGUGCUCACAUCAGGUUCUAUUUGUUUCAUGUAUAUUCUUGGAAGAGGAUAUAGGGGUCUUUUCCAAGACACAGAUCUUUUGCGAUUUGUUCCUAACCAGGCUUGCGGAGGAGGCAGUAUGGCCAUCUUAGAUUCUUUGGACACAGACUUGCCUUUAGCCUCUAAUGUGCAAAGACCUCAAAGUGCAAGCAAGCAAGGGAGCUCUAAGGUAGAUUGCAGCGGAAUCGUUUGGGAUUUGGAAAGACUAGGGAACCUCUCCCUCCAGCUUUCUGGAAAGAAACUUAUAUUUGCAUUUGAUGGAACAUGUACAGAAGCUAUUCGAGUAUCUGGAACCUUUUCUAUGCUCAAUCUUGUUGAUCCAACUUCAGCUGCUGCUUCUCCUAUUGGGGGCAUACCACGUUUUGGACGUCUUCAUGGGGACAUUUACAUUUGCAGGCAGUGCGUGAUUGGUGACAGUAUCCGCCCUGUUGGUGGGAUGGCUGUUGUCCUUGCUCUCGUUGAAGCUGCUGAAACCAGGGAUAUGCUGCACAUGGCCUUCACAUUACUUGCAUGCGCACUACACCAAAACCCACAGAAUGUCAUAGAUAUGCACAAAUAUAGAGGAUACCAUUUACUAGCUCUCUUUCUGCGUCGUCGAAUGCCUUUGUUUGACAUGCAGUCACUUGAGAUCUUUUUCCAGAUUGCUGCAUGUGAGGCUUCUUUUUCUGAACCAAGGAAGCUGGAACAUUUUCAGAGUAUUCCUUCACCUGCUCCGAAUAUUCAAGAAACCAGCUUUGAGGAUCUAAGUUUGUCGAAGCUGCGUGAUGAAUUUUCUUCAGUUGGAUCUCAUGGAGAUAUGGAUGAUUUUUCUGCUCAGAAAGAUUCAUUUAGUCAUAUUUCGGAGCUUGAAAAUGCUGACAUGCCAGCUGAAACAUCAAAUUGCAUUGUCCUUUCAAAUGCUGAUAUGGUCGAGCAUGUCUUGCUGGACUGGACCCUAUGGGUUACAGCCCCAGUUUCUGUACAGAUUUCACUACUGGGAUUUCUUGAGCAUCUAGUCUCUAUGCACUGGUACAGGAAUCAUAACCUGACUAUUCUGAGGCGAAUUAAUCUCGUUCAACAUUUACUAGUGACUCUGCAGCGGGGUGAUGUUGAGAUCCCUGUCUUGGAAAAAUUGGUUGUACUGCUAGGAGUCAUUUUGGAAGAUGGUUUUCUGGCUUCUGAACUGGAACACGUGGUGAGGUUUGUGAUUAUGACAUUUGACCCACCAGAACUGGCAUCCCGUAAUCAAAUUAUGCGGGAGUCGAUGGGCAAGCAUGUGAUUGUAAGAAAUAUGUUGCUUGAGAUGCUCAUUGAUUUACAGGUAACUAUAAAAUCAGAAGAGCCUCUUGAGCAGUGGCAUAAGAUUGUUUCAUCCAAAUUGAUAACUUAUUAUCUCGAUGAAGCUGUUCAUCCUACAAGCAUGAGAUGGAUCAUGACUCUACUUGGUGUGUCUCUUGUCUCUUCCCCUACAUUUGCACUUAAGUUUCGCACUAGUGGAGGUUAUCAGGGUUUGGCACGAGUGCUCCCGAGUUUCUACGAUUCCCCUGAUAUAUAUUAUAUACUCUUCUGCCUGAUUUUUGGAAAGCCUGUUUAUCCGAGACUACCUGAAGUUCGUAUGCUGGAUUUCCAUGCCCUUAUGCCCAGCGAUGGAAAUUAUGGGGAGUUGAAAUUCAUGGAACUAUUGGAUUCUGUUAUUGCUAUGGCAAAGUCCACAUUUGAUAGGUUGUGCAUGCAGUCAAUGCUUGCCCACCAAACUGGCAAUCUCUCCCAAGUUGCUGCUGGCCUAGUGGCGGAGCUUGCAGAAGAUAAUGCAGAUAUGGUUGGAGAGCUUCAGGGUGAAGCUCUGAUGCAUAAGACCUAUGCAGCACGCUUAAUGGGUGGAGAGGCAUCUGCUCCUGCAGCUGCAACUUCAGUCCUAAGAUUCAUGGUUGAUCUGGCAAAAAUGUGUCCCCCUUUCUCCGCUGUUUGUAGACGUGCAGAAUUUCUUGAAAGCUGUAUCGACCUUUAUUUUUCCUGCGUGAGGGCUGCGCAUGCAGUGAAGAUGGCCAAAGAACUUUCUGUGAAAACAGAAGAGAAGACCCUAAAUGAUAGUGAUGAUACUAAUAGCUCUCAGAAUACAUUCUCUAGCUUGCCUCAUGAACAGGAACAGUCUGUCAAAACCUCCAUAAGCAUCGGAAGCUAUCCUCAGGGGCAGGUCAGUACAAGUUCUGAGGACAUGCCUGUGGCUCUGAAAAAUAUGCCAUGUGACGAAACGGAGACAAAUGUCACUAGUGCUGAGCAGGAAGUAAAGAAGCCUGCUCAAGAAGAUGUACAAGCUGUUGAGAGCUUAGGUGGUGAAGCUGUUGACCAGGAGUCUAAUAUCACUGUCAGUAACGGCGAUUUCAGUUUACCCGAUAUGACAAACACCGCAGAUGCCAUUCCACAAGAAGAUUCACAAAGUUCUGCUUCUUUUACUAUGUUUGACUCUCCCAUUAUAUCUGAGUUACCUAGUUCCCGGAUCCAACUCACUCCCUCGUCAUCCCAAGUCAUUGCAUUUACAUCUUGGCUGGGAAGCUCCAGUUUCAAUGGAUCAAAAGCUCAAUCUCUUACUACCCCUUCCAUUGAAUCUUCUUUGUCUAUGAGUGAACACGAACCAUCUUCGGACUUAAAGUCUGGUACUCAGGGAUCAUUUUCAGCAACCACAUUUUUUGCUGUUAAUCUGAAGCUGCUUCUGGAAAUUGAUGAUUCUGGCUAUGGGAGUGGUCCUUGUUCCGCGGGAGCUACUGCUGUUCUAGAUUUUAUGGCAGAAGUCCUUUCUGACUUUGUAACUGAACAGCUGAAAGCUGCACAAGUUAUAGAGAGUAUCCUGGAAAGUGUUCCUUUAUAUGUUGAUGCUGAAUCUGUCCUAGUUUUUCAGGGUCUGUGCCUUAGUAGAUUGAUGAACUUCCUCGAGAGGCGUCUGGUACGCGAUGAUGAGGAAAAUGAGAAUAAGCUGGAUAAGAGCCGAUGGUCCUCAAACUUAGAUGCAUUGUGUUGGAUGCUUGUGGAUCGUGCCUACAUGGGUGCAUUUCCUCAUCCUGCUGGUGUUCUAAGAACUCUUGAAUUUCUGUUUUC